UUACUUUUCAAGUAGCAAGAUUUACUCUUACAUUUCCAAACCUGCUUAACAGUCCUUACACUUCGUGGCAUAGAAUACUGUAUUUUUUCCUUUGGAAUCCAGCAUUUUCUGUAGCGUCAUAAUUAUAAGGAAAGGUCUGAAAAAUAAACUAUUUAGAAUGCAGUUCUUAAUGAAGAUACUAAUGCUAUCGUUUUUCAUUAAUUCAGGGAAUGCUGAUUUGCAAGCAGCCAUAGAUCGCUCGCUUUCUCUUCUCAAUGUUUCUUCAGAUGUCUGCAUUACCCAUGGAUGUGUGAAAACAGCUGCUGAUAUCUUAUCCAGCUUAGACGAAACUGUGGAUCCUUGCGAUGACUUUCACCAAUUUGCCUGUGGCGGCUGGUUGAAAACACAUCUCGUUUCUGACAAAUCUGAUAUCUUCUCCUUACUUCAAGAUGUCCUCAACCGCAAGUUCUUAAAUCUCUUAGAAAUGGAGCUGACGGGAGAUGAACCUGAUUUCAUUCAAAAGAUAAAAGGAAUGUAUGAAACCUGCAUGGAUCUUGAGAGAAUCAACGUGACGGGCAGCGAACCUCUGAAGAAGGCCCUGACGGAUCUUGGAGGCUGGCCAGUCGUGGAAGGAGAAAACUGGAAUUCCACCUCCUUCACAUGGCUUGAUACUCUCGUUCGGCUUCGCCACAUGGGUUUCAAUCAUAAUAUACUGAUGAAUAUUUCUGUAACUCAAACAGGUCAUAUUAGGAGACCGACUUACAUUAUAAAGCUGGACCACCCACUGUUAGGAACAUCACGUCAUUUCCUGAUGUAUGAAUUAGAUCAUUUCUUCUUAGAAAGCUACUUCAAUUUGAUGGUGGAAACAGCUAAUCGAUUGGGCGCAAAUCUUUCUCACAUAAAUCAAAGUACCUUGAUCGAAGAACUGAAAAAAGUGCUCAGUUUUGAAGCUAAUCUUGCCAUUAUCUCUCUGCAGAGUGAACAAAAUUGGACAAGGAGUAGUCCGUGUCGCAGAUGCACUAUAAAGAAACUUAAGGAUAAUUUCCCACAGAUUGACUGGAUCAGGUUUUUCACUGACUUGCUGAAUCAUGAAGUCACUGAAAACGAACCCUUGAUGAUUAACGAUCUAAAUCUUAUCAUUAGGCUCAUUGAUUUCAUUACAAAGGCAGAUAAAAGGGUAGUCGCUAAUUACAUGCUGUGGAGAGCUGUUCACGAAUCCUUACCCUUGAUGCCUAAAGAUUGGAAUCCUGUGCUUCGGGAACACAUCUCAGCAAUCCCAUUACAUAAUGCGAGAAAGGCUCGUAAAAGACAAUGCCUUUCUACCAUUAGUGAAAAUUUAGGAGUUGCUCUUUCUUCCUACUAUGUGGCGCAGUAUUUCAAAGAAGACAGCAAGAAAGACGUAGAAGAAGUGAUACAGUACAUUAAUACAGAAUUCUUAAAUAUGCUACAAAAUAACGAGUGGAUGGACAACAUAACUAAGGAAAAGGCAAUAGAAAAGGCUGAAGCCAUAACAUAUAAUAUUGGAUAUCCGAAAGAACUGAAGAAUAAUUCUUAUAUUUCUUUCCUGUAUACUAAUGUGACGCUUAACAACGAAAGUUAUUUCGAUAACAUGCUAAAUCUACGCAAAUGGUCAAUGGACAACUCUUUCUCUCUGCUUCGGAAAACUAAGCCAGGAAAUGAGUGGGAGAAAUAUUCAGUAGGAGCUGAUUUUAAGCCUGCUUAUGAUAAAUUCAAGAACACCUUAAAACUUCCCGUAGGACUGUUCCAACGUCCCGUAUUCAACAAUAAUCAUCUUCGCUACCUGAAUUUUGGAGCUAUUGGUUCCCUGAUUGCUCAUGAAAUUACACAUGGAUUUUUUCAUAAAGGGCGUCUGUUUAAUAAAGAUGGCAAAGUGGUGAGCUGGUGGAGCGACGAAACGAAUCGGCGUUACAAUCGGAAGGCCGUGUGUAUCACAGAGCAGUAUAAUAAUUUCACUGCUUUUAAUGGAAGUAAAGUACCCAGUGACAAUACAGUCACCGAAAGUAUAGCUGAUCAUGGAGGCCUGAAAGCAGCUUACCUGGCCUACAAGUCGUGGGUAGGAAAUCAUACCCAAGAACUAAAGUUACCGGGAUUGAAUUAUACACCGAAUCAGUUGUUCUUUAUAAGUGCAGCAAGGGUAUUGUGCGAGAAAAAACCAAACCGAGUUAAUUCACUCAGUCAAGCAGAGUUCAGAAUCAUAGGAGCUAUGUCUAAUCUUCCUCAAUUUUCCAGCGAAUUUGCCUGUUCACAAAAUUCAACAAUGAAUCGGAGAAAGAAGUGCCAAAUUUGGUAACCAAGUCAUCUUCUCAAAUGAGAAUUUCUAAAAGAUUUUAUUAGCGAAACUGUUUAAACAAUUCUGGCAUUUGUGAACAAUAUAGUUUGAUUAAUAAAAUCUGAAUCUGAUUAA